CUACUUCACCGUUUUCUUCACGGCGUCGCAUAUGGGCACUCCUGGUUUGGGCGCUGGGUUUACAAGUUCCACCGUGGGUGCUUCGGAGAACAACUCAAAAUCAUAAUUCGGAAGUUCAGAGAUGCAAGCGAAACCAAAUUAAUCACCCUGAGAGAUCUCCUGCGCUUUAUGCUGACUUGCCGAGCUCCAGUUCAGAGGAAAGUCAUAAAAUCAACCUCUAAACGUAAGUCUCCACCAAAUUUGGAUAAAUCAGUGAAGGUCAGAAAGCUCUCUCCUUUUGUUGCAAACACAGAGAGCAGCAGAUGGGCUCCAAGACGGUGA